GUUCUGUGAUUGGAGAGACUUGCGCUUCACUCCGCCCCCCUCGGCUCGCUGCCCGCCUCCCCAAACCCAGAGCGCACACGGCUCCUCAGUACCUUCCUCCACCAGCCGCAUAGUAUGAGCUCCCUUCUCUUUGAGCGGUCGCAUAACGAUACAGAUGGUUUCAUUACGGCGUCCCGUUUUAUGCUGACCGAAACUGCUGUUGUUUAGGAAAAAAAAAAAUCUCCCCCCCCUAACCCCCCUCCUGCUGGUUGUGAUUUUUUUUUUUGGAUGCGCCAUGCAAGCUCGCUGGUGGAGUUGUGGCAUUCGGCUGGUGGCAUGGACGUGGGUUUGGAGUCUGGCAUUGCUCGGAGCGUGGUGCAUCCCCGCAAAUGAAGUGAACCUGCUGGAUUCUCGCUCUGUGAUGGGAGACCUCGGAUGGGUGGCCUAUCCUAAGAAUGGGUGGGAGGAGAUUGGGGAAGUAGACGAGGACUACGCUCCCAUCCACACCUACCAAGUGUGCCGGGUCAUGGAGCAAAACCAGAACAACUGGCUCCACACAAACUGGAUCCUGACUGAGGGCGCCCAGCGGGUCUUCAUCGAGCUGAAGUUCACCCUGAGAGACUGCAACAGCCUGCCUGGGGGGGUCGGAACCUGCAAGGAGACGUUUAACAUGUAUUACUAUGAAACAGAUGGGGAUGAGGAUGAGGAUGAAAUGGAGGAAGGGCAGAUGAGAGAUGGAACAGGGAUGACGGAGGAAGAAGACAGGGUGAUGAAAGAGAGCAGAUACAUCAAAAUUGACACCAUAGCAGCUGAUGAGAGCUUCACUGAGCUGGACCUGGGGGACCGUGUGAUGAAGCUCAACACAGAAGUCCGCGAUUUAGGUCCCUUGACCCGAAAAGGCUUCUACUUGGCAUUUCAGGAUCUGGGGGCCUGCAUUGCCUUAGUCUCUGUGCGUGUUUUCUACAAACGCUGCCCGUUUCUGGUUAAGAGUUUGGCUGAGUUCUCCGACACCAUCCCGGGCUCAGAGGCCUCGCAGCUGGUGGAGGUAGUGGGCCACUGCGUCAAUAACUCCCUCCCUCUGUAUGAGCCUCCCAGGAUGCAUUGCAGCACAGAGGGAGAAUGGCUGGUGCCCAUUGGGAAGUGUGUGUGCCAGACAGGCUUUGAGGAAAUCAACGGAUCCUGUCACGUCUGCAAAGUGGGGUUUUACCGUUCGCUGCUGGAGUCUUUAGCCUGCAGUAAAUGUCCACCCCACAGCGUCGCCAGGCAGACAGGAGCCACUGCUUGCAGUUGUGAGGAGGGAUACUACAAGAUUGACUCUGACCCUCCCAAUAUGGCCUGCACACGCCCUCCCUCUGCUCCACGUAACGCCAUCUCCAAUGUCAAUGAGACCAGCGUCUUCCUGGAGUGGUCCGUCCCCAUGGAAACAGGUGGCAGAAAGGAUGUGCGGUACAACAUCCUGUGCAGACGGGUCUUGCCAGAUGGAAGGGGCUUGGAAGAAUGUGGCCCCAAUGUACGUUUUUUGCCACGCCGUGUUGGCCUGUCAAACACCUCGGUGAUGGUGGCCGACCUACAGUCACACACCAACUACAGUUUCCUGCUGGAGGCUGUCAACGGGGUUUCAGAGCUGGCCAAAGACCAUGCAAAGCAGUAUGUGUCACUUAAUGUGACAACCAAUCAGGCAGCACCCUCCCCAGUGAGUGUGGUGAGAAAAGGUCUUACUGGGAAGAGCAGCAUCUCCCUUUCUUGGGCGGAGCCUGAUCGUCCCAACGGCAUCAUCCUGGAAUAUGAAAUCAAGUAUUUUGAAAAGGAGCAGGACUCCAGUUACACCAUUAUAAAAUCCAAAGAGACUGAGAUGGCAGUGGAAGGCCUGAAACCCUCUUCAGUCUACAUCUUCCAGGUGCGAGCCAGGACCUCGGCAGGUUAUGGCGCAUUCAGCCGACGUUUUGAAUUUCAGACCAGCCCUUACUUAACAGCUACAAGUGAGCGUGCUCAAGCUUCGAUUGUGGUGGUGGCCAUCACGUUGGCUCUGGUCCUAUUGGCAGUAGUUGCUGGAUUCCUGCUCAGUGGACGACGGUGUGGUUACAGCAAAGCAAAGCAGGAUCCUGAAGAGGAGAAGAUGCACUUUCACAAUGGUCACAUAAAGUUCCCAGGGGUGCGUACCUACAUUGACCCCCUCACCUAUGAAGAUCCUAACCAGGCGGUGCAUGAAUUUACCCAGGAAAUUGACGUCUCGUUCAUCUCCAUAGAGAGGAUCAUUGGAGCUGGGGAGUUUGGCGAGGUGUGCAGUGGACCGCUCAGGCUGCCCGGGAAAAGAGAGAUACAGGUUGCCAUUAAGACCUUAAAAGCAGGUUACACAGAGCAGCAGAGACGCGACUUCUUGUGGGAGGCAUCAAUCAUGGGCCAGUUUAACCAUCCAAACAUCAUCCGUCUGGAAGGAGUGGUCACCAAGAGCAAACCAGUGAUGAUCAUCACUGAGUACAUGGAGAAUGGAUCACUGGACACUUUCCUCAAGAAAAAUGACGGUCAGUUCACUGUAAUCCAGCUGGUUGGCAUGCUGCGUGGAAUUGCGUCUGGCAUGAGAUAUCUGUCCGACAUGGGCUAUGUCCACCGUGAUCUUGCUGCUCGUAACAUCCUGGUCAACAGUAACCUUGUGUGUAAAGUGUCUGAUUUCGGCCUGUCCCGAGUCCUGGAAGAUGACCCAGAGGCUGCAUACACCACACGGGGUGGGAAGAUUCCUAUUCGCUGGACGGCUCCAGAGGCGAUUGCUUACAGGAAAUUCACCUCAGCCAGCGACGUGUGGAGUUACGGUAUUGUCAUGUGGGAGGUGAUGUCAUACGGAGAGAGGCCGUACUGGGAGAUGUCAAAUCAAGAUGUAAUAAAGGCAGUAGAGGAGAGCUAUAGGUUGCCGGGUCCUAUGGACUGCCCUGAGGCUCUGUACCACCUAAUGAUGGACUGUUGGCAGCGAGAACGCAGCAACCGUCCCAAGUUUGAUGAGAUUGUCUGCCUACUAGACAAACUCAUUCGCAACCCCAGCUCAUUAAAAAAAUUGGUUAACUCUUCACACAGGGUUUCAAACCUGUUAGUGGAGCAUGCCAGUGUAGAAAGUGGCUGCAGCUCUCGGAGCCAGACCGUAGGGGAGUGGCUUGACUCUAUCAAGAUGGGUCGUUACACUGAGCUCUUCAUGGAAGGGGGUUACUCUUCACUGGAGACAGUGUCUCAGAUGACGUCAGAGGAUUUGCGAAGAGUAGGAGUGAACCUGGCUGGACAUCAGAAAAAAAUCAUCACUAGCAUUCAGGAGAUGAGAGUCCAUAUGAACACCAACUCUACUGUAAACAUCUGAUGCAUAUAUGUACAGUCACACACGCACACAUGCACACACACACAUAUAAACAUACACACAAUAUAUGGACCUAGUUUGUGAUGAAAAUACUCAGAUUUGCUGUUGGACCUAGAGCGGCUAAGCACUUUCUACAGACAAGGACACCCAGUGUUUAUGGAUCUAAACUGGAGGAUCCACAUUUUUGUGGUUCUUGUGUGUGGAGUUUGCUUGUGUUGUCAUUGGGGAUAUUUGACAUUGCAGCACUAAAACCAAACUGAACUGAGCUGAGCUGAUGAAGGGAAAAUGAUGGUGAGAUCAACUGAACUGGACUCAAGUGAAGACUUUUCAUUCUAAUUAUUCCAUUUGUUUGAAUCUUGGAGAUUCUAAUAUCUCUGCACUGUUUGGAUUCUCUCAGAUCAAAAAUGACACUGACUGCAGAUCUGGCUUUGAGAGCACCCAGCACUUUUUGGCUGUAUCACAAAUAUGGGAUGUUUCAUGCAGCAGGCUCAAAUUGAACUUUUUUCAGCCUGUCUCAGGUGAUCUGAACCCAGAAGAUCUGAACUGACUGAUUUUCUCUAAAAUUACAGUUCCAUCACAAGUUAUUGAACUGAACACCAUUCUCAGGCAGGAUGAACAUGUAAUAAUGGACCAAGUGCAAAAUCUUCAUUCGUUUUAUUCAAGCUUUGCCAUGCUGAUGUGCUUUGAGUUUAGUUGUUUGAUUUUGUUGUAGACCAUUUGGCAGGUCUUCAUGCAACAGGGCUGCAGUUGUAAUCCAGCUGUACAGCUCACAGAAGGUCCAGACUCAUAUUCAGCAUCAUAUACUUCAUUAUCUUCUAAGCAUUGCAAGACAAUAGUACAUACUGUAUAGCAGCAUUAAGCUUCUGGGUUCUAAUCUUAUUGAACCUACAAAAGAAAAGUGCGAAAGAUAAAAGGCUUUAGGCAAUGGAGUUCUCUAUACCUGUUUUUCUGGCUGAAUGUAUAGCCCUACACAGAACACAAUGCUCAGUUGCAGCAUCGACCUUUUGUCUUUGACAUGUAAAUGCUCUCAAAUUGGGAUAGAAUGUGGUAAUAGAACCAUUCUGCUCCUUAAAACUAGCUUCUGAAUGAAGCUACAGAUUGUGUAAGAGAUUCAGCUUUCUCUCAUCUUUCAUAUACUGGAUACAUCCAUGUUUUAGUGAAACUGUCACCCAGAGUCUCGGGAACCUUCAUUUCUAGCAACAAAAUCAGACAUUCAAAUCCGUCACACAGCUUCACUCAGAGUCUAGCAGACCUAUCUACUGAGACUCUACUGGAACCUUUGCUCAGUCACUAAUGGAUCCUUCACACAGAUGAACCCUCACAUAGGCUCUACAUCAGACACUCAAAUGGAACAGUCACACAGGUCUCAAUGGAAAUGUCACACCAUCUUCCAAGGCAUUUCCAGUAGGAUUGAGCCAGGACAUUCAAUCCAAUGGAAAUUUCAUCCAUGGAAAUGUAUCGAAAGUUCAGUUGAUCCUGAUGGAACACUUGUUCAUGUAAUAAUGAAACUGCCACUCAGAUUCUCACGGAAAGGAUCACCCAGAUUCUGGUGGGACUGUUUACUGAUCGUCUAAUGGCACCUUUGUUCAGAUUCUAAUGGCAUCUCUACUAGGAUCCCAAUGCAGCCUUCACUCAAGAGUGCACUCAGAUUUUCAUGGAGCCUUCACUACCUUCACAACCUUCAGGUACCGAAGAAAACCCUCAGCAAUCUAUUCAGUUCACCACAGUCUCUCUCCACCACGUCUGCCACACCACAAUAAACCUCACUCUUACAGGACUGCUGAAAAUAAGGAGGCAAUAUUGAUCAACUUGAUAAUCAUUUAUUUAUUUAUACUUGUUUAAAAAGAAAUGAGCAAAAAUAAUGUAGACAGUUUGUGUUUUGUCAUAAUACUCUCUCUUGGACUACUGAGCAGCUCUGCCUACAUGUCUUUCAUGUAUAUAAUGUAUUAUAUAUUUAAAGCAGGGAGCAUUGUUCUUCUGUCUACCAUCAUGUGGACAAUUGGUAUUGAUCAAGCAUUUCAGAGUAGUACACAUUAGUAAAUAGUGACAAAUAUUCUAAAUCAGCAUUCCUGCUACUUAGACCUGGGCCACUGUCAGGUGGGGGCAACCAGCACGUGUCCUCACAUAAGAGUGCCCUAAAGGGUAUGCAGAAUUAUCAGAUAUUCAUGUUAUGUUGUUGGUGAUUUGUGUUUAAUUUCAAGUUUUGAUGCAAAACCUAGAAAUAUUUUCAGUGGCCCUAAAUGAGACAGCAAUAAAUAAUCUGUUGUCUCUAAAAUACAGAAGUGUGCACAGGGAUUGAUAUUAUGAGCUUCUGGUAUGGUUUCAAGGUAUACAAUGAUGUCAAUGAUCAAGCCCUUUCUUUACUUCUCUUUGGUAUGGUAUGUUGCUACUCAGUGCUUUAUUGCUAAAACUUGACCCUUUUCGCAGCUGUAUUCACCUAAACAGAGACUGAGUUCUGACAGUAUAUACCUGUACACCCUCUUUGCAGAUGACAUGCUAAUAUUUUUCUUGGUUAUACACAGUGUACUGCUAGUGUUUUGGCGUAAGGGUGGGAAUGAAAUGAGAUUGUAAAGCUAGUUUUAUAAGAGGUGGUAACACUUGACUGUAUGAAAAGCAUAGAAAAGCACAUAAGAAGAAUGUAAGGUUUUAAAGGGGUAUUUCACUUUUAGAAAACACUUGGACACUCAGACCUCCCUUUGAGUUCUAGAGAAGUCAAAGCCCUCAUCGGUGGUAGAAAGCCACCUCACUUGUGGCAUUUAAGAUUUUCCACCUGCUGUCAAGAUCAAGAUCAUACUUCUUGACUGAUUUCCUAAAAGAAUGUGAGUGUGCAAAGAUCACAAGUGUUAUUCUAUAUGCAUAUGUGUUUUCAAAAGUCGAAAUGUUCUACCAGAGUGAAAGUUUGCUUGAAAGAUAAACAUCUGCAUAGUCUCUUUAGUCUACAUUUAUCACUUUGGAGGUUUAUCUCCAGCGUAUACAUUAAUAUACCAUAUUGCAGUUUUAUUGGUGUGGAACAGUAGCAAUUUAGCAACAUUUUCAAACGAUUUUUGGUUUUGUACUUUUUUAAACCACAAUAUACAUUUUAUUUUAUUUAAGCAGGAAUUAUUCUUAUUUUCAAAAUGCAACCAACUCUUUAGCUAUAAAACAUACUGUAUAUACUCUAUGUAGACUAUUGUGACUAUGUAGAUCUUUAAUUUAGCAGGGGACUGCAUCAGUAAUGUGGUACAACUUUUAUAUUGCAGUAUAAGGCAUGUACAGUGAAAGUAAUUGUGUUGGGUGCUUUUAAUUUACCACCCAGCAUGUUUUCGAUUAAAACAUCCUCAGUCAUAUGAAUAUAAUAGCCGUUUGAUGAAGUUUCACAAUGUUUUGAUCCUGCCCAAGUUUCAUGGUAUUGGCUUUUUACAACCGCCCUUUUCAACCUGAUUUUCAACUUAAAACUUAUGCCUGGGGCAUGAACAAUUUGUGAAUAGUACACCCUUAUAAGUGCCUCUCAUCUUUCAAGCACCAUUAUUUCCUCCCCCGCCAAAAUGCUAUACCCCAAUUGUGCCCAAACUUUCUAUGUAUUUACUUUUUGCCAACAAUAUCUACAGGCAAUAAGAAGAAUGUCAGACAUUGAUAUGUGUAUGUUGGAACUAAUUUAAUUUGCACUUUAUGAAAAAUCUGUUUCCCUUUUGUUUGACUAAAAUGUCUAUAGUUGACUGACUUUUUAGUGUUAAAGUUUCUCUUCAUUAUUUACUAUAUAAUUACUAUAAUUACUGUGUUCCCUGAUGCUGUUUAUAUCACUUCAUAUUCUCAAUGCUUCCCAUGGUGUAAUAUUUGACAGUUGAGCACAAAGCAUUGGUAAUAUUUUUCAAAACAAAUCAAAGCUAUAUAUAUAAUAUAUAUACAGUAUAUGGAAAGCUAAAGCAUCAUUGAUGUACAGUAGAGCACCAUUUUCUUGUGUACGGCACAACGAUACACCUUCCGAACAUAAGCACAGGGUUUGACAGAAAUCUUUUAGGACAGUGAGCGGAUGAUAUGAUUUUGUACAAAGGUCAAUAGCACUAGCCCUUGAUGUCAACAAACUUCAGCCAGACAUUUUGUCUCAGUGUUUGUGGCAUUUUACCACAGCUAAGUACAAAAGUGUGAGAACAGGUAUUGAUUUGUUGUCAUUGCAAACAACAAUAAAUAUACAGUUUAGUUGAUAUGCGUUGCUGCACAAAAUGUAUCCAUUAAUUCAAGUGAUUUAUUCUCAGCACUUUUGCAAUGACAUGAUUUUAUCCUGGAUGUCUCUUAUCAAGCAAUUCUCAUUUAGCAGGAAGAAACAGAGCACAGCAAACCAGCAGAAACUAGAUUUAUUGAUGUGUUGUUACUCUACAAUGACUGUCAGCUGGGACUCUAUCAACCAUGCAGUGAAGUGUUUAUGCAGGAGCCAAUUGUUUAGUGUCAAAUUAAGUUACAUAACACAUUUGAUAUAACAUCUGAAUCAACAAAUUUCCAUUGCAGAGUUCUUACGUUCAUAGACAUUGGCAUUUGUUUGCAUUGGCUCUGUAAUAAAAGCACUGCAUAAACUGUUGAAUAAGACGUUUGACUGAAUUCUAGCAAACGUACAAAAGCAAUACCUGAUAUUAAUAGCAAAAAAAAUCAUAUUUGCAUACACAAAUGGGUGGGCAUAUAACAACCAUAAAAUAAUACACUGAUAUUUUAUUGGUUCUGAGACACUUUAUAAUGAUGACAUGAUGGAAAACAUUGUGUUGGUGUCUUUGGAAACCUCAGAAAUAAAGAAGAAAGUGGGUGGGGUUGUGUAUGGGCCAAGGUCCUGAUAGUAACAGUUCUAAUGUGUUCCUUGGACAAUUUUAAUACUUUUGACAAGCUGUUCGAGCAUUUCCAAUACUUUGACGGUGUGAAAUUUCUUUCAGUUUAUUCAUUGGUUCCAGACAAUGAGCAACUGCACUGGUUAAAAAGUUAAAGGCACAAAACUGUGUAUGUCAAGACUCUUGUUUAUGGUUGCAAGGAUUCUUGGAAUAAGCUUGGAUUAAUUUCACAUCUAUAGGUGACAUCUUUGUCAUGGCAACCACCAAUGAGGCAUGUGAGGUAUCAAACGAUCCUGCAAGUGGAAAUAUUUUCAACCGGUAUAAGGGUAUCAAAGACCAUUGUUUGUGUGUUGAGCAACAUUGAGAUUUAUGCUAAAAGUAAACCUUCAAAUGCAAAUGCUUUCGUUACCAAUGGCCUCUGCCCACUUAAUUACUGUAUAUUUAACUUCUCAGGAAGUGGAAUAUAGGUACAUUUAUUGGGUCAUGACACAUUUGGUCUUUGGGGAAAAUGUGUAUCUUUCACUCAAAGUGUCAACAUACACAAGCGGGUAUGCGGUUAUUCGAUGUACCCCAGGUCAACGCCAAUGAUCAUGCUAUCGGUAACUCACACAUAAGGUUUUAAACAACUGACUAACUGUUUUGUGAUUCUUUGAAAAGCACAGUAAAAAUACUUAGCUAUUGAUGUGCUAUUGGUUUGUCUUUGAGACUGUCAUGUAUUAUGUUUGUGCUGAUGUUUUUGUAGUGUGUUAUCAAAUUCUAUAUUUUUGCAAUAAAACAUUUUAAAAAUGU